AUGUUUCAGCUGCCCAUCUUGAAUUUUAGCCCCCAGCAAGUUGCUGGGGUUUGCGAGACUCUGGAGGAGAGCGGGGACAUCGAGCGCCUCGGCCGCUUCCUCUGGUCCCUACCCGUCGCUCCGGCAGCCUGCGAGGUCCUCAACAAGAAUGAGUCGGUGCUGCGGGCGAGGGCGAUCGUGGCCUUUCACACUGGGAAUUUCCGAGAACUGUACCACAUUUUGGAGAACCACAAGUUCACCAAAGACUCGCACGCGAAGCUGCAGGCCCUGUGGCUCGAAGCGCACUACCAGGAGGCUGAGAAGCUGCGGGGACGCCCACUGGGGCCGGUGGACAAAUACAGGGUGCGGAAGAAGUUCCCCCUGCCCCGAACGAUAUGGGACGGCGAGCAAAAAACCCACUGCUUCAAGGAGAGAACCCGACAUUUGUUGAGAGAAUGGUAUUUGCAGGAUCCUUAUCCGAACCCGAGUAAAAAGCGAGAGCUUGCACAGGCAACUGGACUCACACCCACACAAGUAGGAAACUGGUUCAAAAAUCGUAGACAAAGGGACAGAGCGGCGGCGGCGAAAAAUAGGCUACAACAGCAGGUUUUGUCCGGGGGCUCGGUUCGGUCUCUGGCGGACGUGGACGGAACCGUAGAUCGUCUCGGAAACGCGUCCAGUCCCGAGGCAAUAAGUCUGCCGAGCAAGGCCGCCACCUCGGCCAUCUCCAUCACUUCCAGCGACAGCGAAUGUGACAUCUGA